GGUCUCGACCAAUUGCCGCAGUCGACUCUGCAGAAUCUCGAGCUAAAUGCCAUCUCGUCGACGCAGCGCGAAGUUGCCGCCCGCAAGCAAUGGCAAUACCAACAGACGACCAGGCCUCUUCGCUUGACACGUCCGAGUCUACCGCCAGUCACUGCUCCUCAGCUGACCACCACCUCUUUCAAUGCCCCAACGUCGCCAGAGUCCGACUAUGGUCUGGACGACAAUGACGACGAGGAAGUCCUUGACUUGAACGCCGACACGACCAUCUACCAGCCGACCCUGCACCAGGACUAUGCCCAAUCUACGAACAAUAAUACUCUCUACCAGGAUACCGAGCCCAUAGUGACACAUGACGCUCCACCCAACUAUGACCAGCUCAAUGACACCAAUACCACCCUUCAGCCCAUCGACACGACAGCCAUUGAUGCCCACAUCCGAAAGCUCGAGGCCGAACUGAAUGCUGUCCGAUUGUCCCUGCAAAACGCAAAGGCCGAGAAUCAGAAACAGGCCGGAGAACUGUCUAUAAUUCGCUCCAAGCGUGACAAAGACGCCAAAGAACACGAACUUCAGUUGCAGGCUCUCAACAAGUCGCGCGCUGACGAUGCUGCAAAGCAAAAGGCCGAUUUGGAUGCAAAGAAAAAAGAGAUUGAAGCCUAUGAAACAAACAACCGUUUCCUAGAACACGAUCUAGCCCAGGCACGACAUGAAAGGGCNAAAAGGCUCAAGCCCACCAGAACAAGUACCGGUAGGCUCACACGCCAGCCCUCUCAGUCAUUGCCUUAUCGUGAUGGCUUUGAUGACAACGAGAUCGUCAAUCUAUCUCCUUCCAAGCCAAAGGAUAGAUCCAAAUCUUCCACUCCCAAGGUAGGCGAGAAGCGGAAGAGGAAUGCCGUUACCAGUCCUGUUCCUCAUCUGCAACUCAAUCACCAGCCCUCUGUUUCCUCUUCGCCGGCUGUAAACGCCGCCGAAUCAACGCCUGUAGUCGAGGAGUUGAUUCGACCGCAAGAUGAUUCACAGUUUCAGAUGAUUCGCCGUCUCAUGAACCAUCGUCCAUCCAAUUCUCGAGAACGAGUCUUAGAAACACUAAGUCGACUUGCUUUUCCGUCUAUGCCUGGACAAUCCAUCUCUGGUCUCAUAACCGAAGGCUUGUCCCAAUUCGUUGCUGUGGACGAUAAUGACGAUUUUUCUCUUUUUGCUGGUAAUCUUCUUUCGGACCUGUGGGAAAGGUGUUUACAUGACAAGAUGUAUACGCCGGUCUACCUGAUUCUAGAUCUGUACGAAUUCAUCUUGGCCAUGUCGUCCGAGCCUCCAAGAAUUUCACUCAUUGAGCGCUUCCUUCCGCUUGCAACCAAGACGGUCGAUCUGGUUGCGCUGCCGCGUGUACGCCUUCAUUCGGGCGCCCAUGUAGAUCCAGAUCUACUCGAAUGCAUCGACGUGGAACAGAUUCUCACCCUGAUGCACGGCAUGGCAUUCGACGCCAGUCUCGACGCCGAAUCAUGCCAAGUGUUCUGGAAGAAGAUGGAGUUUGACUUCACUUUGAUGAUGCUCAACAAAAGUCAACCACUCCCACAAAUCAUGCUAGUUCUCCAAAUGCUAGGCAGCUCCGCUAUGCCGGAGUCAUUCAGCAUCAUAGUGGAUGAUCCGGAAAAGCAGUCUACUUUGGAAGGUCAUACCAUCGACCGGCUUACAACUUUGCUUUUCGAAAGGCCAGAAGCCCCAGCAGGAGAGCCACCGUAUGAGGACAACGAAGUCGCCGUCCUGCAAAUCGAGACAGUAAGAGUCUUGAACUCACUGGCUGUCACAAAGCAUGGAAGCGAAGUGCUCGCUCGACACCGUACAGCCGUGGGUCGACUCGUUCGACUGUUGCAUGUGUCGGUCACCAAGCUUUAUGAUCUUCCUCCUACGACUCAGGAUGUUCUUGGUGAGACGAGCGAGUCAGGCAGCUUCAGCACAAUCCACGAACUCACGACGAGUCUGAUCAAUCUGACGGUUCGUCUGUUGUAUCAUCUGCUGAUGAAUUAUGCCGACAUGAUCAAUCUGCGCGAGAAGCUCAUGGUGAUACCUGGUGGACAUCACAAGUUUCUGGUAUCCUUGACAAGGCUUGCAUUUUCGGAGCAACUAUCAUACGAAGCCGGCCUUGACAAUGAAGCCCUCGACGCUGCGCAUGAAAUAUUGGAUGGAAUUUUGAGCCCUGAGGAAGGUGAAGCGGUCGUCCAAGCCAUUGAAACUCCGAGAGGGCCAAAUGGCACGAGGAUGUCGACUCUUAGU